UGGACAUGAUCCUCAAGAAAAAAAAAAAAAAUGGAGGGAAUUGGGGGCAGUGGGAAACUGGGGUCCAGCCUCCAGGGUCCUACAUCCGCACCAAGCCUCCCUCAGGAUCCGAGUGGGGCGGAUAGGAAGUAUCCUUGAUGCCUGGGUGUCCCCAACUUUCCAAACCCCCACCCCCGCGAUGGAGAAGAAACCGAGACAGAAGGUGUAGGGCCCACUACCGCUUCCUCCAGAUGAGCUCAUGGGUUUCUCCACCAAGGAAGUUUUCCGCUGGUUGAAUGAGAGCUUUCCCCGCCCUCCUCUUGCCCUGUGGGUAUAUAAAUGCAGCUGUCUGCACACCCAGUCAGCAGACGCUUCCUCAGCGAAGACACCAGGGGACCAGCCAGGAGAGAGACAGAAGCAACUCCAGACCCCCCCGGAAAUAACAUCUCAGACGACACACCCCCAGACAAGCAGCCAGGCGAUUCUCUCCCUCUCACACACGCUGCCUUAGGGCUCUACCAUCACCCAGCUGGACUUGAGCCCCCUGGGAAGAACGCCAUGAGCACUGAAAGCAUGAUCCGGGACGUGGAGCUGGCCGAGGAGGCACUCCCCAAGAAGGCAGGGGGCCCCCAGGGCUCCAGAAGGUGCUUGUGCCUCAGCCUCUUCUCCUUCCUCCUCGUCGCAGGAGCCACCACACUCUUCUGCCUGCUGCACUUUGGAGUGAUCGGCCCCCAGAGGGAAGAGCUCCCACAUGGCCUGCAACUAAUCAACCCUCUGCCCCAGACACUCAGAUCAUCUUCUCGAACUCCGAGUGACAAGCCAGUAGCCCAUGUAGUAGCAAACCCCGAAGCUGAAGGGCAACUCCAGUGGCUGAGCCGGCGUGCCAAUGCCCUCCUGGCCAAUGGCGUGGAGCUGACAGACAACCAGCUGAAGGUGCCCUCAGACGGGCUGUACCUCAUCUACUCCCAGGUCCUCUUCACGGGCCAAGGAUGUCCUUCCACACAUGUGCUCCUCACCCACACCAUCAGCCGCUUUGCUGUUUCCUACCAGACCAAGGUCAACCUCCUCUCUGCCAUCAAGAGCCCUUGCCAGAGGGAGACCCCAGAGGGGGCUGAGGCCAAGCCCUGGUAUGAGCCCAUCUACCUGGGAGGGGUCUUCCAACUGGAGAAGGGUGAUCGACUCAGCGCUGAGAUCAAUCUGCCUAACUAUCUUGACUUUGCCGAGUCUGGGCAAGUCUACUUUGGAAUCAUUGCCCUGUGAGGGGGCCGGACAUCCAUCCUUGCCCACCUCAACUCCUUUGUUAUCUGCUCCUUCUGACCCCCUCAUCCCCUUCUGGCUUAGAAAGAGAAUUAGGGGCUCAGGGCUGGGCCCCAAGCUUAGAACUUUAAAUAACAACACUUAGAAACCUAAGAUCCAGGGACCUGGACUUUGGAGCAUUGGCCACCAGCAAGAAUUCAAACUGGGGCUUCCAGCAUUCACUGGAGAUCUCAGGUUUGGAUCCCUCAACGCAACCUGGGACACCUGGAAUUCGGGGGUCAGGGAACCUUUCUGGCCAGACACUUCAGCACAUCCCUUAAGAAGAUCUCACCUACAACUUGACAUGAGUGGACCUCAGGCCCCCCUUUCUUCAGAUGUUUCCAGACUCUUCCCUGAGAUGGAAAGCCCAGCCCCUCCCUCAUGGGGCCAGCUCCCUCUAUUUAUAUUUGCACUAGUGAUUAUUUAUUAUUUAUUUAUUAUUUAUUUAUUUACUGAUGAAUAUAUUUAUUUGGGAGGUUGGGGUGUCCUGGGAGACCAAAUGAAGGGGCUGCCUUGACUCGGACAUGUUUUCUGUGAAAACGGAGCUGAACUCUAGGCUCUUCCCUCCUGGCCUCCUGGCCUCUGUGCCUCCUUUUGCUUAUAUAUUUUUAAAAAUAUUUAUCUGAUCGAGUUGUCUAACUAAUGCUGAUUUGGUGACUGACUGUCGCUACAUCGCUGAACCUCUGCUCCCCAGGGGAGUUAUGUCUGUAACCGCCCUACUGUUCAGUGGCGAGAAAUAAAAUGUACCUAGAAAAGACA